AUGAGUGUAGUGAGAGCUAGCAAUGCGAUCGGCGUGCAUGUGGUUAAAUAUGAAGCAGCGAAACAGGGUGACGAGAAUGAAGCCGUUUCCUUGGAAGGUGUGAAUUUGAGCACAAAUGCUGGUUACCCGACUCCUCUCAUGACUACAAGCUCCGCUACGAGCAGAAGGGUUGAAAACAUAGAGGAACCGCCUGAUUGUAGGCACAGUGAUAUUCCAUGUACCUCUUUUAGAGUAGAAGAAAGUAAAGAAGAUACACCAGAUUCACGGGAAACUGAGGAUGGCAUUGCCAGGACAUCUCAGUUAGAGGAUGUAGUUGAUGGUAAUACGAUUGAGGAGCCAGAGUCGAGGAUGGAGUUUAAUUCUUUUGAAAAAUUAAUGAAUUAUUAUAAGCAGUAUGCUAAGAAAUGUGGGUUUGGGGUGAUGACAAGAAGGACUGAGAAGGGGGAUGAUGAGACUGCUCGAUAUGUCACCCUUGGUUGUGUCCGUGGUGGGAAGGCCCGGAAUAGGACGUUGAAUGUCGCCAGACCACGUCCGACAGGAAAAACAGAAUGUAAGGCAAAGAAUAAUGCCUUAAAAGUUUAUGGAAAGUUCCGAUUGACAACAAUUCAUAAUAUCCAUAACCACGGCCUCAGUCCAAAUAAAUCUCGCUUCUUUCGAUGUAAUAGAGAAAUGAGUGACUCCGUAAAAAGAGUCUUAGAUAUCAACGAUGAAACUGGCAUCCAAAUGAAUAAGAGCUUCGGAUCUCUCGUCGUUGGCGCUGGUGGAUUUGAGAACCUUCCCUUUUUGGAAAAAGAUUGUCGGAAUUAUAUCGACAAGGUAAGACAUCCACGACUUGGGAAAGGUGGUGUUAGAGUAAUUCAAGAGUAUUUUUGUAGGAUGCAAUGCAAAAAUCCCUGUUUCUUUGCGCUGAUGGAUUUGGAUGAUGAAGGGAGGUUAAAAAAUAUCUUCUGGGCAGACCCCCGUAGUAGGGAAGCCUACCAAUACUUUGGUGAUGUGGUCACAUUCGAUACUACAUACCUGACGAAUAGAUAUGAGAUGCCAUUUGCACCAUUUGUUGGUGUAAACUACCAUGGGCAAUCAAUUCUGUUGGGAGCAUGA